GGUUACAGCAUAGAAAACAUAGACACAAUGUGGUUGUAUGCCUAUAUUAAUACAAGUAGGAGAGCCAUUGCUUCCAAGUCAAUGAUAAUUUUUUGUCUUUAUCUCUGCGGUUUUGGGUGGCGUGUUGUGUGUUGUACGCUUCCUAGUUGCUACACUGUGCAGUGUGCAGUAGUGUUGUCAUGGACGUACAGCGGUUUUGCCGUGUUAGAUAAAGCUAAUGUGUCAAUCUGUUGUUUAAAAAACAUAAUGGCUGCAAAAUUAUCCGCCACCCGACCUGCUCCACCAAAACCUAUUCCUAAACCCGGAAAGGUGAAGGUUGUGAGAGCACUGUACAAUUACACAGCACAAUUAACAGAUGAACUAUCCUUUCAAGAAGGUGAUUUGCUGUACGUGUUUGACCAAGUGACAGACCCAAAUUGGUGGAAAGCCCGGUGUGGGAAUAGAACUGGCCUUAUCCCCAGCAAUUAUGUGGAAAGCCAGACAGAAGAAGUGGAAAUGCCACUGCAUGAAGCAGCUCGGCGGGGCAAUCUUAGCUUUCUGCAAGAAUGUUUAAGACAAGGCGUAUCUGGCACAGGAUUGGAUAGUGCUGGUAACACACCUUUAUACUGGGCAAGCCAUGGUGGCCAUAUUGACUGUGUAAAGGAACUUAUAUCAUUACCAAAUCAAAUAAUCGAUGCUCAGAAUAAAGUUGGUGACACUGCGCUGCACGUAGCUGCUGCCCGUGGACAUACUGAAGUUGUGGAGAUUCUAUUAGAAAAGGGGGCAAAUGCUGAUUUGUGCAACAAAGAUGACCAGACACCACUGGAUCUUGCUAUGAAUCCUGCUCUAAGGAACAUCAUUCAGUUGAAUAAAACACAUCGCACAAACAAUCAUUUAACUUGCUACAGUGCAGAGGACUACGCUGAUGAUUCAGAUUGAAACUGCAUGCUGCUCUUCUUUCGUUGCUGUGAUAUUGUAAACACCAAACAAGUAAGAUAUCAAAAGACUAUCUGAGCCAGUAGUUAAACAUUCCAAUAUUUGUAUAAAAAUGGGGGAAGAACAAUAUUAAAAGAUGUGAACAAUAGUUUAAUGCAUUGUACUCCUGUAUUAAAAAUGGAUAAAGUAAUUCAGUAACAAUUUGUUUGGUUGUAACUGAAAGAAAAUGUAUAUUUUAUUUUGUAAUAUUUGGUACCAAAGUAAUAGGUUUUUGAAAAUUGAUUUGUAAAUACAUUGGAUAAAAUGUAAAGUUACCCAAGAUACUGCAAGUUAAUGACAAACUUUAGGAUAGCUUUAAUGACUGAUGUGCAAGAGUAACUUAUUUCUAGUGACUGGCUGUUCUGCCCCAGUCUUGAGAUUGGCAUCUACAGCUAACAGAAAUGGGGACGCUCAACUACCAAGCAAUCCAGGGUGUCUCUAAGGUCAUGCUACCAUGAUCCUUUGCGAGUUCAGGGUGCCCAUUUCUUCUGUUUACCUGUUCAGCUCGAGCCAAACUAAAUCAGUGGAACGCCGCAUUGAAGAUUUUUCACAAACAUGUUACUCUUUUUUGCAGUUUGUUAGAAUUAAAUGUCAGUUAAUGGCAUAUUGGUGUUAAAAAUCCUUCACAUGUUUAUUAAGAUAAAAAUUAAAGUCUAAUUUUGAGUAACUCCAGUGUAGUGGAUGAGUCGGGCAGUACAGAAGUGGGAGGAGUUUCAUAUCCAACUAUGUUAGAAUAAAUAAAUAAAUAAAUCCAGCUUUGGAUUUGUAAAAGAUUCUUGGACUUUCAUAUUAAAUUCCUACAAGUAUGUUCUGAAAUAUUCGAUGUUAUGUAUGUAUAAGAGCGAUCGCUCUCAAGAGUGACUUUGUUAGAUUUUGUGACAUCAUUAUAACAAAUGUUCACCCCUGGUAGCUAAUUGGUCAGCAUGACGGAAUGUCAUACCUAAUGGCCCGGGUUCGAUUCCUGGCUGGGUCGGAGAUUUUCUCCGCUCAGGGACUGGGUGUUGUGUUGUCCUUAUCAUCAUUUCAUCACCAUUGACACACAAGUCGCUGAAGUGGCGUCAACUCGAAAGACUUGCACCAGGCGAACGGUCUACCUGACGGGAGGCCCUAGCCACAUGGCAUUUUCAUUUAUUAUAACAAAUUAUAAACAAGUGAUGGGAAACUUUCCUGGUAGAUCAAAACUUUGUGCCGGACCGAGACUCAAACUGGGGACCUUCGCUUUUCGCAGGCAAAUGUUCUACCAGCUGAGCUAUCCAAGCACGACUCAUGCCCCGUCCUCACAGCUUUACUUCCACCAGUACUGGGUAGCUCUGAUGGUUAGAGCUCUUGCCCGAUAAAGGCAAAGGUCCAGAGCAUGAGUCUCGGUCCGGCACACAGUUUUAAUCUGCCAGGAAAGUUUCAUAACAGCGCACACUCCACUGCAGAGUGAAAAUCUCAUUCUGGAAACAAGUGAUGUGUAUGUGAUAAAUCUUCAAUGUGCCGUUGCCUUGAAUUAGCUUCUCCUGAGCUAAACAAGUAAACAGCAACAAUGGGCACCCUCCAGUCACAAAGGAUCACAGUAGUGUGCACACAGGGACAUCUGUCGGAUUGCUUGGUAGUUAAGCACCCAAUUUCUGUUAAAUCUAGAUGCUUGUAGUCAUGAGAGCCAGUAUCUAUUAUUUUCACAUUCCAAGAAGACACCCAACAAUGUGGCUUGUCUUAGCGCAGCAUACAAUGAAGUCUACACUGGCACUUUUGUUGCCAUUCUGUGCUGUCUUCUCAGUGCUGGGUUUUGCUUCAUGUGUUGUUAAUGUCAUGUGUCACAUCCACUUUUGUCUAGAAAAGCAGACAUGCUAAACUCGGUGCUGUCUGCUAUCUGUCAGGCCAAGUUGGUAGUGAAGGAAAGCAAUCAGUGUCAGUUGAGUAACUUCGAUUUGUAUGAAUUAAGCUAGGCCCUAUCAGCCAUUGCGCCAAUUGUCUAAGACGAGUGUGCAGUUGUAGAUAUUCUCAUCUGUGCAUAAACUUUGCGCUGUGUAACUUUUACAGUAUCCUGGGUACUAUUAACAUAAUUUUUGUAUGCCUAUAAAAAUGAUCCACAGUUUUAAAAUUCAACAUGCAAAAUUCUGAGUUGAUUUCUUGUAUUUUAGCCUCAUAGAGGUUAUCCACUUCACAUCCAGGUGUAGCAAUUGUUUUUAAAUGGAGCAGUGUGUUCAUUUAUGAUGUAUUUAAUAUAAAAUGCUGUGAUCAUUUACAUUGUGUGUUAAUUCGUGCAAGCUGCUGUGUCAGUGCCGACUGAAUAAUUUAAAGUGUGCUUUAAGGAAAACAGAAAUAUUUCUAAUUUUAAAAUUUUUAUUGCAACAUCCAUGAUUUAUGCUGCAGUUCAGCUAUACAGACUUGAGUUGUGUGCAUUGAAACAGUUUUGUGCCUACUUAAUAAGAUACCUGCAGCUCAUAAUGCGAAUAACAUAAUAGCAAUAGAAGAUGGUUUGUCAGACUGUUGGUACAUUUCAAUCAAUUGAUCCACAAAGUUUCAAAAAUGAUUAUUAUGUUAACAAAAUAUGAUGCUAUAAACAAUUCUUCUUGUUGAGAUCAAAAUAGGAGCCAUGAACUUGGCUUUGAAUUCGUGUUAACUUGAAUCGCUGUUGGUAUCAGCGCAGGCCACUAACACAUGAAACGGGUUUGAGUGAGUGAGUGAGUGUGUGUGUGUGUGUGUGUGUGUGUGUGCUAUUAGCUGAAGUCAAUGCAAAAUCUUCAAGUUUGUGUUGUGUACUUACAUAAUAGAUGCAAAAACACAUUAAUAUCACCUGCACUUUGUGCGAUACAGCGUACAUAGUGUCCUAGUCUUUGUGAGCAUUGUUUCAAACAAUUUCAAUAACACCUCACUUUUAUUGCCAGUUCAGCCCAAUUAGAAUUCAAACAAGGAUCAAAUUUGCAUCUUUGGUUAAAAAGUAAUUUUAGACUUUGACAGCAUCAAAAUAGUUAACAAAUAUUUACAGAAAAAUUCAAACUUUAUACAUAUAAAUGAACAGAUAUUUCUUCAUAAAUAAGAAAUGUUUGGUGAUGGGUAAUUGUGUACCAAUUCAAUCAGAAUCUAAGACUGAUUGGACAGUUUCUCCAAUCAUUAUAUUAGUAUGCUUUCCCAAGUAUGUGCACUAUUUAUGUCUCUUCCUAAUAACUUGAUUCUUGCUUUUGCACAGUGUACGUAUUUUAAUUAUGAGCGCUCUUUCUUUUACACCUCUUGAAAUCUCCAUUGAUGUAGUAGCCCCUUAAUUAUUUUCUUUUGUAUUCAUACAGCAAUCAUUUUACCUGUAGGUUAUUUGUCCUCGCAGUAAUGUCGAAACGAAAAGCAAGGUGUCUGUUACAUGAAAGAAUAGUCUUUUAGACCAGAGGAAGACUUUCCAUUCACAUAUGUACUAUGAUAAGGCUGCUGCCUAUCAGUCUGAUGUGCAUGUGUCAAAUAUGACAACUGGAAGUAAUUUUAAGAUUUUUUUUCUGGUCUGCAUUUGUACCAUUGUGUUUUGUGUUUAGAAAUUAUGUGGAAGUGCAAUAAAUAUCUCGUCUAUCCUUCCAUUUCCACACAUUUUGCCUUACAAAUACUGAUAAAUGCUGUUCUUUUCCAGUUUUGAACAUACAGUUGUUCCUCCUAUUUAUCUGUAGUGUCAUCAUUGAGAUGAUUUUCUAAUUCAGAAGUUUUAUUUAACCCCAAAUGACUCUUCAGUUAAGUUUGUCAGUAUUAUGGCCAACAAGCAACUGCUCCUCCAACAAAUGAAGUGCAAAACUAUCUUUUCAACGAGACUGUUUUUCUUGUGUAUUGUCAAGCAUCUCCAUGUAUACAGUUUACUUACUAAUAAAACCAUCUGGAUUAUUCACCAUGUUCAUCUUGAUGCAAAAUUUAUGAAUAUGCAUAAUAUAUGUUAGCUGUGUCCAAAAAGCAAAGCAAUAAUGUGUAUUUUUCCCCCCUUGACUUUGGCACACUGUAUGCAUCCUGGACAGGGACCUUGUUUAGAGUCUUUGUAAAGGUUGUUUGCUUCACUUUGAUAGUCCCAAAAUAAACUCUUUUCAGUAUAGUCUUGAUUCUCGGGAACAGGAAAAAAAUCAGCUGGAACCACAUCAGAACUGUAAGGCAAUUCCUGGGUGUGGGGAGAGGUAUGGCUUGGAGCUUUCUUAUGUUGCAACUGCCAGAUAUUGUGAAUACCCUUCUGCAGUCAGACAACCCAUUUUCUUCAUCUCUUGAACACAGUAUUGCAUUUCUGUUAUCAUCCACUCACUAAUUCAAUGGCUGGUGUUGAAAAAUCAAGAAGACAAAACACAUUUUAAUCACCAUUGUUGAUUGAUGCCCAUAAAGAGCAAGAUUCUUUAUGUUCCUCCUUAAGGGACUUCAACUGCUCACAAAAUCACAGUAUGCCAAAUCAGAGUCGAUAUUGGCUAGCCAGAUUGUUUAGCUGGCAUUGACAAGAUUUUUGUUGAUUUUAACACAGGAACUUGACUGCAUACAGUCAGUCAAGAUUAUUGAUUCCAUUGCACAUUGUGAUGCAUGCACUGUCAGGAGGUUUACGGAAACAGAUAUGCUGAUAUUCCCAGAGCUCAGUGCAUACUGAGACAGGUGGUUAGGAGUGUUAGAAAACAAAUAAUUGCAUCACUUCACAGACUCAUUUUGUAUACUGUUUAAAUGAUAGUCUCUUUCUCCUAAGAAUAGUUAACUCGUCUAAAAAAAAGAAAAGUCUCAUCUUGAAUGGCACACUUUGACAUAUUCUAUCACUGAAAUAAUUUGGUACAGGUCAUAAGGUAAAGCUGUUGUCAACCAGAAGGUUGGUUUGACACCACAGUACUGUACUAAGCAUUACUCCACUGGAUAUGAUAUACCACUGCCUUCCUCUGAACUCCCACUAUAACUGACUUAUCUAGUCAGUUAUAGUGGGAGAGGGGGGACCUACUGUUUAAAAUGGACUCCAAACCAUGGUGCAAUUCUGCAUGUUUCACAUUAACUAACAUUGACAGAGGGGUGACAAGCAAUGGAUAACAAUGACUGAAUCAAACCAAAGACCUUUGGAUUUAUUGUCUGGCAAUGUACAACUGAGAGGUCAUAACCAUGUGUAAGUAAUCAUUUGGUUUUGGAUGUCCUGAUUGUGGAAUUUGAGGAAAAUGUAAUGAGCACAAGAUGAUAUUACUGUUUUUCUAUUUUAAAACAAUGGAUCUUACUGCCAGUGGUUUCGCAAUUGUAAUUAAAUUUCCAAUAAAGCAAGUAUAGCUUCCACUUACAUGUUUACUGUACAGUCAUUCGCUUCACCAGAAACUGGAUUAUAUUACGGUCUAAAGAAAUCCACUGGUGUAAACAAACCAUAUGGUUCCUUAUGCCAAAUCUCAGCUCAUUUGUUUACUUCUGGCAGUAUGGGUUUUUGUUCAUUGUUUAUUUUGCUCCCAUCUUUACUCGUAUCUUAAAUUAUGCAAAAGUUCUGCACUCAUCUCUGUGUUAAAUUUUUAUAUUCUCAAGAGUCCAGCCAUUGUCCUUCGAACUUGGUAUUCUUCUAAUACAGGCAGUAACUGGUCGUCGGCAAUUUUUUUUGUUCUUCUCAAAGUUAAAGAAAACUGUAGGCAGGCAAAUGCUACCUGAGACUUUGUCAGAUGCUCAUACAAAUGUGUUCUCAUUUGCAAAACUGGACUGAAUAAUAUAAAUUUGGACACGCAUGGGUACAGUGUGUUAACUGGAAGUUGGCUGAUGCCAGAGAGGAGGGCAAGGGCUCAGGGAGUGCAGGAAACAAGCCCAGCCCCCACAACAACUGACAAGGGUGAGGAACCAUGUGGAAUAAUACACCCCGGCCUGUCUCCUGCAACACUGUCAAAUUAAUCUGUGGUUCAUGCAUCCACAAAAGCAGAAGUCGUGCAGGGACGUAAACCAAUGGAAAAAUGCUGCUAUCAGAGCAAAAAAAAAUGUGAAUAUGUUCCUGUUUGUUUAAAAGAUUCUAACUGAAAAUUGAGGUACCAGCAGUGCUGUCUGUCUACCUUCCUUAGCAUCUUUAAAAAUUUUCCCAAAAGUUGUGGCAUGUAAACAUAUUUACACCAAAAAAAAAAAGAAAAAAAAAUUGCAACUCACCUCAAACUCCAACAACCUCCCCAAACCGUAACUCACUCACACCCACUAAUCCAGCCCAACUCAUUAUCUCUUUGUUCUGUUCUACAACUACAGUCUCCUCUUACUGUCACUGUCUCCCUGCUAAUAUCUCAUUCCUUGCCUCCUUCCUACAGCUGCUCUCUCUUCUCACUGUCACUAUCUCUCUCUUCCAUGUUGUCAUUGUCAUUAUCACUGGCUCUCAGCCACGUCCACUUCCUCAUUGUCUCCUUCACUCUUUUCCUAGCACUGUUUUGUCACUGCAACAAUGUCCCACUACCAUUGUCUCUUUGCAGUUUUUCUAUAUCACAACUGUCUACUAUCAUUCAGUAUUUUAAUUAGUUUUCUGUUUCUUUGCCACUUUCGCUGUCUUCUUCUCUCUCAACAUAAAAGGAGCAAAUAUGUUCACAUUCCAAUUUUUUUAGAAUGCCGAGUAAGGUAGAAUGAGGCAGCUGGUACCCAAUUUUUCAGUUAGUCUUUUAAAUACAUGGACAUAUUCGCAUUUUUUGUGUUCAGAUAGGAGCAUUUUUCCCGACUAGUUCCUUUCUUUCCCCUCCUGUAGCAGGGUAUGUAACUCAAGAAAAGAAAUGUAUUGGUCAGUAAAAUUUAGAUAGUUUAGUUAUGUACGACUGAAACCAUGCAAAUCUAAUUUUACAUCCCAAGCAAGAUUUUAUGUGCAAAAAAGAAAAAAAAGAAAAGUUGCAUGUGCAUCAGUACUACAACAUGGGGUUUCCAGAUGAUAAUGGAGACACUUAACAGCAUAUUUUCCCAUGCUAUGUCAAUUUAUAAACUAUGCUUUUGUAUCACAUAUACAAGUUGGGUACCUUUGAACAUCUGCAUCUCAGAAACGGAUAAAGAUAUGAAGAAAAUUUUCAAGAUUGUUACAGAUUUUGAUCUUAAGAAAACAUCAUAAAAAUUACAGCCAUUUGCUGUGCAUAACCAUCUUGGAAUCAGCAGUUGGGUUUCAGUUUAAAAAAGUUUUUAGGGUGUUUUUCAAUAAAGGACAAAUGUUUCUAAAAAUGGAGAUGGCUACUUCACAAUACUUACCAGUUAGGUAACAUUGGCUUUCUGACGUCUACUGAUUUAGGUCUGGGGAGCUGAUAAACCAGCUGAAAGUUAACACACUACUUAAGCAUCAGCUGGCCCAGGCCUUUGGCUUGUGUUAAUGGUCCAAUUAUAACUUUGUACCUGUAUGGCACAUACUUCAUAAAAUAGAGCUCUCAUACUCUGUUAAGUUCUUUAUGAAUGGAUAAUUUUAUAUGAAAUGAACUGAAAUAGCUAAAACAGUAAUUUCCUUUUUAGGUUUUAUUAAUGGCAAGAUAUGUAAGAGUAUUUCUAUAAAUGAUUAAGUAAUCAGUAUUUUGUAAAGUAUAAUUUUUGUAUAUUUGAAGCUGACAAAGAAUGCUGUAUAGUUUUAAUAUAUUAAAUAGCUCUUUUUGGUAGCAAUACAAUUGUAAAAUUAAAUAAACAACAACAAAAGGUGCCUACAAAUAAAGGGGUCUAGGUGGUGAUCUUAA